CUGGGUGUGGCAUAAAAUAUUCCGCUGUCCAUGGAAGAAGCAAACGUGUUAUCGAGGGACAGCCCAACACAUUUGGGCAAUGGCCCUGGCUUGUCUCUCUUAGCUACAUUCCAUUUUCUGCAGAUGCAGGCUUCAAAAGUAUCUGCGCCGGAUCUCUAAUCUCACCCAGCUGGUUCUUGACUGCUGCCCACUGCUUCUUCGAUGAUGUGCAUAUAGGACAGUCCAACAUCAGCAACUGGAGAGUUUACCUCGGCCUACAUGACGUCGAUGAUACCCAGAACGAAAGCGUCCAAAUGAGGUUCAUCAAGAAAUUGUACAUCUACCCACUGUACAACUACACUUCAGAUUCUGAUCUCUGGGACGUUGCCCUUAUCCACCUCAAUAAACCAGUCAAGUACACCAUGUACACCUCACCAAUUUGCAUCGAUGAAACUGACUUGUUUUUUAAAGAAAGCCGAUGCACUGCUUCAGGAUGGGGAUCAUUAGAGCAAGCGGAAGACUCUCCCGGCAGCAAUGUUCCCCAUUCAGUGAUUCUGACGAUUAUGACCCAAGAAAACUGCAACAUCACCGUGUCCAACUUUGAACCAUCUUUUUCCAUUCAACCACCCUUGGUUUGCGCAAUUGGAGAAGAUCAAGAUGGAAAUGGGAUUAUUCAGGAUGUAUGUUGGGGUGACUCAGGUGGGCCACUGAUGUGUGAGGUGAGUGGACGCUGGUACCAAGUUGGGAUAGUGGCAUCCGGCAACGUCUGUGGGACGCCAGGCUAUCCUGGUCUCUACUCACGCGUGACCUUCUACAAAUAUUGGAUCAAACAUACCAUGGCUUCGGGAGAGACCAAUGGCUAGUUCUUUGGGUGUUAUAAAGCUGUUUCGAGUUAAAAAAUGAAAUUUUACCAAUCUUUCUGUUGUUGAAUGUGGAACGAAGAUAUUACCCCGUCAAUAAACU